UACUCUUUUCUUUCUUAAAAAGCGGUGGCGACGCAACGCUAUAUGAUAGACAAUUAUAGAGGUGGCAACAUCUAAACGCCUCCUGUAUAUGUCCGUAACUUGUUAUAAGCGCACUUGGAAACAAUGCCCUUGCUCUAAACCGAUCGCCGCGGUUUUUGUGUUGCUGCAUUAAUCCAACAGAAGGGGGUGGGAAGUUAAUCUUUUUAUUUACUUGUCAAUUUUUACUGCUAUUCUACACACGAUGGCGAUGAACAAUAACAGGAGUGGAAUUACUGCUACUACUACCACUACUGCUAAUACAGACGAUCUCGACCUCUCCUCCCAGCUUGAUUCCGUGUCCUUUUCUACACCCGAAGAAAGAUUAUUGAAACAACUCGAUUCCAGUGCUCGGAUCAACUCAGUAUUUCAACGUCCAAAACAGCAACCACAAUCGACAGCACCAGUAAAUACAUCUGAGUGGAAUACGCCGCUUCGUCAAUUAGAUUCUGCAAAUAAUAAUAUUAUUACAACGAGUGCUGGCCAUGGUGAUGACGGAUGGGGCGAUCUACCACCUGCCUAUACGGCCAUAUCGCACAACUCAACGUUUGGCUUUAAUUCGAUUAUUGAAGCCGACCCUUCGUCGCCUGCUACUGCUAGCGCUAACACCGCUGUCAAUCCAAACUCGGGCUUUGCACGGUUUCGCAAUGCGCCUGUAUCAUUCACAAGCACGCUACAACAGGAUAUGCAAAGCAACAAGAACGACGGAACAACAAAGUGAACAAGAUAAUCAAGCAUCAAAACGAAAAAAUAUACCCACCACCUCUUCAACCCUUGGCUUACUUCUGACAAGACACUCAAACCAUGCUUAUUUUAUCCUUUUUUACCUACGAGAAGAGAAUAAAAUAGCGACUUUCAUUUUCUUGAUAUGCUGUAUCGCACUGAUGCCGUCAAUAUGAGUCAUGUACGAUACUGUUGCGCAGUAAAGCUGUUGUGCUGCGUACUCGACA